AUGUCAUUAACCGAGCAUGCUAAGGAAGGGGGUGGGGAGGGAGCGCCGGAGAGUGCUUAUACCGAGUGUGCGUAUAACGAGCGUUUAGGGCGUGCGUGCAUGGAGGUGGACGUACAGGAGAGCAUGUCUCUCGUGGCUCUAGAUGGCAUCGGCCUCGCUGCCUUUGGCUCUGCUGUCACGCACGAGGGGGGCCAGGAGGAGAGGAGACGGAAGGAAGGGGGGGAAGGGGAGGAAAGGGGGCUAAGGAAGGAGGGUGGUACCAUGGCAGUGAAGGCAAAUACGGCCGCAGCGGCAGCAGCACAAUCACUACCAUCAAUAGCUGCUGCGGCGGGGGCAGGAGCACCGGACCCAGUGCAGGUGUACAAGGCAUUGUCGAGGCUGGCAGAGCUGGAUUCGAAGAGGGAAAACUUUGCCCUUUGGGCAGCAGAAAAGAGCAUCCGCAACCUGACCUUGCACCUGAUAGGCAAGAGGUGGGCAGCAGCAGCAGUGCAUGCAGAGGAGGCACAUGGAGAGCAGCAGGGGGGGACAGCAGGGUGGGCAGCAGCAGCAGCAGUGCAUGGCGAGGAGGCACGUGGGCAGCAGCAGGGGGGGACAGCAGGGCGGGCAGCAGCAGCAGCAGUGCAUGGCGAGGAGGCACGUAGGCAGCAGCAGGGGGGGACAGCAGCGCGGGCAGCAGCAGCAGCAGUGCAUGGCGAGGAGGCACAUGGAGAGCAGCAGGGGGGGACAGCAGGGCGGGCGGAGGAAGCACAUGGAGAGCAGCAGGGGGGGCCAGCAGGGCGGGGUGCACGGGAUCUGCUGGCGCUCAUGCUGGCAGCACAUGAGGAGGCAAGCAACGAGCAGAUGACGGAUCAGCAGCUCAUGGACGAGUGCAUCACAUUCCUCCUCGCUGACAUCAACCAUCUUCUCUGCAUUGCCUCCCUUCUGUGCAUCGUCUCACCUCCCCUUCCCGUUUCACCAAUGCCCAUCUUCCUUCUGCCGCCCCCUCCCUCAUCGCCUCCCAUCUUCCUCCCUUGUCGCCUCCUAUCUUCCUCUGUGCCCCUCUCCCCCUCGUCCCCUACCGGCAGGCCACAGCACCACGGCGCACCUGCUGACGUGGACGUUCUAUCUUCUGGCGAAGCAUCCCGACUGGCACGAGCGGCUGCAAGCAGAGCUCAAGCAGGCGCUGACUCAGCAGGGGGCACAGGCCACGUCAGCAGUCCCCACAGCCAGCACAGAAGAAGGAGCAGCAGACAAGGCAGGGCAGUAAGGCUGGGCCCGUACGACGUGCCGCGGGGUGUGAACGUGCUGAUACCAGUUGCUCUCUUGCACUAUGACCCGCGCUACUGGGGCCCUCAAGCCCUCCACUUCAACCCCGACCGCUUCUCUAGGACAGAUGAAGCCUGUUCUCACCCUCAGGCAUUCCUACCCUUUGGUUCGGGCCCGCGUAUCUGCAUCGGCAACAACUUUGCCCUCACAGAAACAAAGGUGGUGCUGGCGCACAUCCUCAGGCAGUUCUCAUGGCGCCUCUCCCCUGCCUACAAGCACUCCCCCGUCAGCGCUGUCGCUCUGCGGGCGAGUUUCGGCAUGCACCUAAUGGUUGAGCCAUUGGCAAACCCUUUCUGA